GUAACUUCCAUGCAGUGCAGGGCUCCCAUCACAGAGAGCCCAGUUAGGAGCUCGCACCGCGGGGAUGACACACGCGAGCACUUUGUCAUUUGCCAGCCACUGCCCAUGGACGAGGCAGAUCGGGCCACUGAGCGAGUAACGUCCGGGGGCGGGGGGGGGGGGGGUUAUUUGCUUUCUUGCAAUGGCUCCUGUGACAGAUCCGAACAAGUGGGAGCGACGCUGAUCUCCAUGGAGCCCCCUCCUGCCUCUGGCUGCUGCACCGGCUGCAGUGUGUGAAGCCGCCCCAGCCAGGACGGACCAUGAGGGGCGUCUUCGGCUUCAAGCGGCUGAGGCUGAAGAUCUGGAGGAGAUGCACGCUCCUGUUCUUCCUCUGCUGGGCUGCCUGCUGGCUGCUGGGCAGCACGUUCCUCUUCCUUGUCCACAGGAGCGUCUUCUCCGAGCGCUGCACGGACGAGAAAAGCCACGGGAUCCUGGCGAGGCUGUGUCUUGACUACAGCAAAGGAGCCCUGACUGGCGACCUUUGUGAAGACUUGUGUGUGGCACAGAAGCUGGUGUACAAACAGUGCCUUUACUACGACAGAGGUAAGAAGGUCAUCCAGGCGGACUGGAAAGGCCAGCCAGUCAUCUUGAAAUCCAAAAAGGAAAUCUUCUCUAGCUACCAGCGCCUCAGAUUGCUUGAUGAAGUGGAAACACAGGAUGUUCCUGAGACAGAGCUUCUGCUGAUGGUAGCUUUGGAGGUCAAAAAUGUCCUGGGUCUGGAAUUAUCUAACAACACCAUGGGACCCUUAUGGACUAGAAGGAGAGAUCUGCAUUGGAAAGCACAAGUGGCCAGCAUGUGGUCCUUACUCCAGCAGGAAGAAUAUAUCUACUUCAGUCUACUGCAGGACUUCAGCAAACAUGUCCUACGGGUCAUCGGCUCCUGUGGCCACUUCUAUGCUGUGGAGUAUCUCACAGCCGGACAUGCCUGGCACAAAACUAUUUUUCCUUUGGAGGAUGCAGUUGGUCCCUCCUUCACUGGCACUAAACACAAGGUGAAGGCAAUAACUGACAUUGCACUCAGCUUCCUAGAUAUGGUGAAUCAUUUUGAUAAUGAUUUCUCUCACCGGCUUCACCUGUGCGAUAUCAAACCAGAGAAUUUUGCUAUCAGAAAUGAUCUCACGGUAGUCGCCAUUGAUGUGGAUAUGGCCUUUUUUGAACCUAAAAUGAGGGACAUCCUUGAACAGAAUUGCACAGAAGAUGAAGACUGUAAUUUUUUCGAUUGCUUUUCGAAGUGUGACCUGAGAAUCAGAAAAUGCGGAGCAGAGAGGGCCAACAACAACCUGCAAGUCAUCUGUGACAAAAUAUUCCGUCACUGGUUUUCUCCAAAUCUCAGGGGACACACAAUUUCCUUCCCUCUGCAGUUGCAGUUGCAAAAGGCUGUUCAUGAAUGUGCCAAACCAGAGCCCAAGGACUUGACACAACACCAGCAAACAUCUCUGCAUUCUCUGUCUGAGUUAUACCAUUUGCUGCAAGCCAGUCAAAGAGAGCUUCAAAAAGCAGAUGGUUAGCCUGGUGAAAACCAAUGGUAACGAUGAUAUAUAAUAAUCAUCAUUGCCAGCAAUCUCUCUCUCUCUCUCUCUCUCUCUCUCUCACUCCCUACCCCAUCCAUUGUAUUAUUUUUUACAGUAUAUAGCUUAUUUUUUUUACUAUGAAAAUGAAACUCAUGAUUGAAGAUGCAGUGAAUGUUAUUAAUCCCCUCUGAGGUGUGAAAUUGUUUUACAUUAUAUGGACAUUAUUCUUGCUUGGCUUUUUGGUUGGCUCUCCGCAGUGACAUUCUGCCAUUGGUUGCCCAUAGAGUUGUGGUGUCCUGCAGAAAAAACAUCCAUAUGAGAGCUGACCCCAGGCUGAUGAGAUAUUUAUCUGUGGAUGGUGCUUUGAAAAUGAAAGGUGUAAAUGCUUAGCAGAACUAAUAUUAAUUUAAAAGAGAGGCACGAGGUGUCCUUUUAUUUCACCGCAGAGUGCAGGACUGGUAGGCAGGGUUCAGGACAGAGAACUCUGCACAGACAGCUUCUGCCAGUAGGGAAGACACAUGGCUGCUUUUGUAUAGACUUCUGCUGCUGCUGAUCUCAAAGGCAUUGCCUUUCUUUAUUUUAUGCAACUAGACCCCUAGCCGACACUGCUGAAAGAAAAUACAUCAAGAUGCUUAGGGAUUGUCUAAACAGAGAAAUUUACCAACAUAAUCAUAGUGGUAAAAUUAUACUGCUAUAGUUAUACUGGUAUAACUCCUCAUGUGAACACACGUAUUUUCUUUUCUGGUUUAGUUUAUCUCAUUUUGGGAGAGGUAGAUGGGACACUUUAGCAGGCCACAGUGUAGCGUAUCAUUUCUUUCCCUUCACAAUCAUGAAAGGGAUUGUGGAAAAGAGCAGGGAAUACUGAUGGCUUUUAUUUAGUACAUGCAAAUUUUGGGGGGCUUUAUGGUGAUAUUUUAGUAACAAAAGGAAUUUUGCAUGAGAAGUCAUGAUCUGCAGUCAGUGGGACCAGUUAUAUGAACAGGGAUUGCAGGAUUAGGGACUUAAUGCUGAUUUCCAAAGUUCUCUAGCUGUCGAGAGUCUAACAGACAAGUUUAGAAGCUGUCUCAGUUUUGUACUGGUGCUAUGCCUGUCUGCCAUUGCUGGCAGAUUAUGGGAUUGCAUAAAUGAGGCAGAAUCCUUAAAAAACAAACAUUUCAAAUUUUUUACUAAAAUAUCAUCAGAUGGGACUCUCUAAUUUUGAAUCUGGCAGUGCUGGGUUGGGAGCAUAUAAUAGCACUUGGGGCUUGUCUAUAUGAACACUUUGAGGGCUGUUUAUACUGAAAAGUUAAAGAGGCAUUCCUGAGAGAUGUAGUUAAGCUGACCUAACCCCCGGUGUAGACAGGAAUAAUUCUUUUGUCAACCUAGUUACUGCCUCUCGGGGAGGUGGAUUAUCUACAGUGAUAGGAGAACCCUUCCCAUCGCUGUUAUGUCUACAAUGAAGCAUUACAAUGGUGCAGCAGCUGUGCCACUGCAGCGUGUUAAGUGUAGACAUACCCUUAAUGCACAGCAGACUAAUGUGGGAUAGAUGUACACCCCAGUAUUUUUCCUCUUUGAAACUGCUUUACAAACAUUAGUCUUCACAAUAGCCCUGAAGCUUGCCAGCUGAACUAUUUUAUCCAUAGGCCUUGUCUAGCUAGUAAAUAAGUGUUCUUUUUAAAUAGUGUUAGCUCACGUGAUUUUAAACACCUCUUAGCACCUAAAAAUGCGUUAGGUGGUUAGGAGAAGUCUAGGAUUCCUCAUGACCAGCUAACAUAUUCAUAAGGGUGUUAAAUCAUGUCUAUACUAGGUGCUAAAUCAUGUAAAUCCUAAGUAGUGUUUCAAAUUAUGUUAGGUUUUACACCAGAGAGAAUGAGGUUAAAGAACUUGCCCGGGCAAGGCCAGGGAAUUGAGCCAGGAUUAGAACUCAGAAAUCCUUGGCUGGUAAAACUUUGCUUAAUCCACAACUUUUUCUAAGAGAUCAAACAGACAUUUAAAAAAAAUAAUCCUCAGCUAAAGUAGGAAAUGUACCAAAAAGCCCAGGCCCUGUCACAAAGCUGAGGUCACCCAUGAUGUCAUUAGAAAAUGUAAUGAAACUGAUUGAGGAGAAACAAAAUCAAAUAGGAUGAACUCUGAAAUCACUGAACUGAAUCAAAGAGAGACAACUGCAAGACAAAUGCAUUAAAGAUUGUGAGGUGGUCAGAUCUUAUGUAAAGUGGGCCAGACAAGUACCAUAAAUAAAAAGAAGGUGGAAAAAGGGACGAAGGAAAAGUCAAGGAAAAAUAGAUUAAAAAAAAAAUACAGCUCAGCUUCCGGUUGGCUCCAUGUAUAAUGCUGUCCUCUCGCAAUUGGCCAAGGUAAGGUGCCUUACUUCUAAGAAAGGGGGAUGGGGGCAGAAAACUGUUAGCUCCAAUGGCACAGGGCCGUGGAGCUUUUUGGACUAGGCUAGAGAGCUCUGUUACCCACGUUGCAUGUGCGCAGUAGAGAUCUUUGCCCUGACCCAACUAUGGGAGCUGGAUCAGGCCCCAUAAGUAGCCACAGAUUUGUUACACUUCCAACCAACAAAACGGCCAGUAUUUCACAGCAAGAGGCAAUGAUGGACCUAGAAAGAUCAAUAGCAGCUUAUUGUGCAUCCCGCAGCCCCCCAACGCUGCAGAGAGCCUGAGCACAGACCCCAUGGCAGACUGGUUUCCCCAUUAUCAUCAUUUCCUUCUCUCUUUCUGAAUCCAGAAAAUACAAUAGAGGAGCAACACCAACAAAAACAAUUUUUGACAUUUUGUGGUAAUAUUGCACUCCACCAUUUACCAUUGUGGGUUCCUUUUCAUAGCCUCAGGUUUGCUCUUGGUGCAGUGGAGUGAAACAACUGUUGAAAUGGUUAUUUAAAUCUUAAAACAAAACACAGUAACAAGAUCUUGGAAUAAGCCUUACUUGGUUCCCCAGGAGACUGUCUCUCCUUGAUAGGGUUUAAUAAGUGAAAUCACCUAUGAACAUUUUCUGACCUGCUGAGGGCUGAGCUGUAGGCUACCUUCACCUGACAUGGACCUCAGUUUAACUCAUCACAUUCUUCCCCAGCUCAUUAGGUUUUGUUUAGUCUUUUCAGGUUACAAAGAACAAUCCUCAUGAACAAUUAAUACCUCAGAAAAUAUUGAGUAGCAAAGCAAAUGGAUGAUUUGCACUUGGCAGGGCUUUAAGGUUGCCUCAAACUAAAGUAGCAGGCUUUGGUAAACCUUCACUGGCAAUUGGAAAGUCUAGGAGAACCUAACAGAUUGUAAGAACACAAUGGGCCUGAUUCUCCAUUGUCCUGCAGUUUGUGAAGUCAUUUAAAUCUGUGAAAAGUGAGAAACCGUGCUUCCACUCACAUGAAUGGCCAGUACGGAUUGCACGGUGUUUUACACUUGCUUUGCACCAGAGCAAAUGACUGAAGAUGCAAGACAGUGGAAAAACCAGGCCCUGUGGCUCCAUAGGACAGGGCAGGGGAGGGAAAUAGGCCUUCUCAUUGCUUGUAUCUUGUGUAGCCACUUACAAUUGUGCAAAGUGAAUGUAAAAUGCAGCCAAAUCGAAUAGGAGCAUUUUAUACCCACUACUCAUAGGUGUAAAUAGCUAUGCAAGUUGAAAGACAAUGAAGAAUCAAGCCCAACUGGACAUGUUCAGUCUUGAAGAAAGAAGUCUGAAGGGGGACCUGAAAAUCUUCAAAUAUGUUAAGGGCUGUGCCAAAGAAGAUGAGGAUCUAUUGUUCUCCAGAGCCACUAAAGGUAGGACGAGAAGUAAACAGCUUAAUCUGCAGCAAGGGAAAUUUAAGAUUAUAGAUUAUGAAAAACUUUCUAACUAGAAGGACAGUUAAGUGCUGGAACAGGUUACCGUGAGAGGCUGUGGAAUCCCCAUCAUUGGAGAUUUUAAAGAACGGGUUAGACAAACAUCUGUCAGGGAUGGCAGCGCGGGGUCAUGGACUAGAUGACCUCUCGAGAUCCUACAGUUAUAUGAUUCUAUAUAACCGUGUACUUUUUAAAGUGUUGAUGCAUUAUAAUCUUAUCCAGGCUUGGACCCCUGAAGAGUAGAGUGAGUGAUCUGACCCUUUUAAACUCUGUGAUUAAUUUUUAAACACCAAAUUGGGUGUGAUAAAUAGUGAAGACCGCCAGGAUGAUGUGCAUAUGAUCCAAUGCAUUUCAAAGGUAUCUGCUGGUAGUGCUUUUAAAAUGCAUAUAAUCCAAAAGUAUAUUAUGAAUACCGCUCAUUUUUCCUUGCUCCUUCCUUAUGAGUUAGAACUAUAACUGAGUUAGAAACCUAACUCCCAUCUUGCUUAAGUUGAUCAUGAUUUCUCCAUGGUUAAUUCUAUAGCAGGUAAGGACCAAAUUUUCUCGAGUUCAUUAUGGGUUCUUUUAGAGGUACCAUAUAUGUACCUUGUUAUUUAACUGCCACAUCACAGAUGAUAUUGCAAAAUCACUAGGGAUUUGAUUAGCCAGUGGCUGAAAACUUGACACCUGGUUAUUCAUGAUUUGUUCUACCAGGAGCACCUAGGAGCCCCAGCCAUAGACCAGGACUCCACUGGUGCUAGGCGCUGGACAAACACUAUGCAGAAAGACAGUCCCUGCCCUAAGGAAUUUACCUUGUAAGCAAAACAUCACUGGAACAUUUCAGUUAGAUUGCCUAGUGUACUUAAUUUACAUGGAAAAACACAGGCUAGACCUCUCUCAUUUCCCCUUAAUUUAUUAAACUCACUUUCCCAGACCCUACACAAACAUGAAUCUGCUUUAUUUCUAUAACCCUGUGAUACAUGGGGGGGGGGCGCGUAAGCUCCCUUUGAUGGACAUCCAUCCAGCCAUGGUAUCUGUUCCCUGCUUGCUUUACCUGUGGGCUUGUUAACCCUUUACAGGUAAAGCAAGCAGAGAAGAGAACUUCAAAAAGCAGACUGGCUGGGUGGGUAUCCAUCAGGGGGAGCUACUCCCCCGCCCACCCCUUUCAUGUAUCCCAAACCCACAUCAGCAGCAUCUAAGUUACAGAAAAGAGCAAAGGUAGAUUUUUUUUAAAAAAAUGGGGAUUUCAGCUGGAUGCAAAUACCUGAAAAAAAAUUACUUGUCUGGCCACUCCAUGCACACUCUUGUCUAUUUUAUGCUUCUAUGUUUUAUAUAAUUUAAAAAACCAGCACUGGGUUGCUUCUCCAUUUAAACACGAGAAAGUUGUUCACCACUCCAAAAUUGCAUGUUCAUGCAAGAUAAUUGUUUUUUUGGUGUUUGUUUGUUUUUUUUUCAUUUCUACGUGGACUUUAUUUUGGGGCAUUCCAGCUUGUGCUAUUAAAAGAUGGCAUCUGAUACAGAAUUCUACAUCCCAAUUUCCUAAUAGAGUCAGGUUCUUUCAAAACCUGAUUUUGAAAUCUCUUCACUGGCUACCAAUUUUGUUAAGCUUAGAAAAAGUGGCUGUGUGUGUUAAUCCUUAGAACAUUGCCAUUUUCCACAAUAGCGACAAAAUAACUGCAUAAGAGGACAUACACACAGUUUCCAAAGAAUUAAGUCUGUCUCUCAGGUCCAUAGUUAUGAAAAACACUAUUCUGCUCUUUUAGAAUUACCCAUGAACAGCUAUCAAUGGCUACAUAUACACUACAUGGAUCUAGGGCCUGAUAAGCAGAAGGGCUGAGCACCCAUCCAUCUUGUUGACUUCUGACAAGCUGGCCUCUAUAGUCUAUGUUCUACUCUAAACCCUCUUGUAGGGCCAUCAACCCAGGAGAGGAGUUACAAAAUAGAAAUACAGAUAUUUCCCAUUUGACCCAAUAUUAUGUAUGUGCAAAUGAAUGCUAUGGAAGAUGUGUAUAUAGCAGCUCUUUCCCAAGAAUUAAGACUACAACUGACUCUUCACCAAAUUCUUGUAUGUUAUGCUGUAUAUAUGAGGGAAAACAGAACCACCCUCAGGAGAAAAUCUCUAAAGAGCUAUAUAACCCUGGCCUCCAUCUUCUACCUUCAACAUACAAGUAAUCAAAGGAAGUUAAUUCCUAUGAAGGAAGCACAGCACACACUUACAGUAACUCCAUAAAAACAGCAGGAUAGUGGAUAUCUAUAAAGCUGCAAUACUUUCAUUUUCCCUAGUGUGGUUAAUAAACAUAUUUAAAAUGCGAUUUAUAAUGGCUACAAGAACAUAAAAUAUUGAAUAUAAAUAAUGACAAAUGAACAGUAAUAAUGAGAUAUACUCAGCCAAAUUCAGCUCUUUUACACCUGUGAAAACCCACUUGCAUCACGGUUUUCAGAGGUGUAAAAUAGUAGACUUAGUUCCAACGAAUGUCAUUAUCAAAACACUCUCAAAAUAUCAAAUGAAUUGUAUUAAAUUAGGCCAAUGUAAUAUCACUGAACAGGCUUCACAUAAUGCAAGUAAACUGUGUAUACACCCAUUGCCCUUAAAACUAAAGAAAUGAA